CGGAGCUGUCGGGCUGUUGCGUGGGGGUCGCGUUGGCGUAAACCGGGUGGCUCUGGUGGCAACUGUGGAGGCGGUCGCUGGGGAACCGGCUGUGGUUGUAAAUAUGUGUGGAAACUGGAUAAGCAAAGUUGUUGCUCCGAGUUGACUUCGAGCCAUGCAAAGCUCGAUCCCUGGAGAGCAGUGAAGCGAAGAGAGAGAAGGCAGGAGCUGGUGUGAACUUGGUGGUUUGGUGUGAAGGCUGCUUGCGGGAGCCGGACAUCGGGCACUGGUCGGCGCUCUCCAGCCCAGCUCGGCCCGACCGCAGAAUGGGUUUUCGAGACUGCGUCUGUGCCAGGGAUUGUAGGGAAAGCGGCGGUCUCCAAAUGUUCGAGUCCACGGCGCAACCGUGAUUAUUGCAGUCAAACUUCCUAGUGUUGUUGAUUCUCGGCUUCGGAGCUGAUCAGAUCGGGGGAGCGAGUGGAAAGGACAUGUUCUGAAUACUCACGAUUGGCAGAAAUGCGAAAAGCCAUGCUCAAGAGGAAAAUUUUAAAUUAUUUGUUUUUGUUCUAUCCUGGCUUUUGUCUGUUCAUGCAAGAUGUUUGCGGGCUCAAUAUUUGUACAAGUGGACGUGCUACCUCCUGCAAAGAGUGUUUGCUUAUUCAUCCUGCCUGUGGCUGGUGUGUUAAAGAGGAAUUUGGCAGCAGAGGAAGCAUCUCGUCAAGGUGUGACUUUAGAGAAAGCUUGAUUAAAAGAGGAUGCCAAGAACAGUUUAUCGAGAGUCCUCAAAGCACUACACGGAUAGAAAGAAACAUUCCGUUGAGCAGUAAGGGAUCUGGAUAUUCUCAAUCUGAUGUCAUUCAACUGACUCCUCAAAAGAUUGCUCUCAAUCUAAGACCUGACCACAAGACCACAUUUCGCAUACAAGUUCGGCAGGUGGAUGACUAUCCGGUGGAUUUAUACUAUCUUAUGGACCUUUCCCUCUCCAUGAAAGAUGAUUUGGACAACAUCCGAGUGCUCGGAACAACAUUAUCACGAGAGAUGGCAAAACUCACCAGCAACUUUCGACUGGGUUUUGGGACAUUUGUUGACAAACCAACAUCUCCAUUCUCAUACACAGGACCCAAAUACCAGAACAAUCCUUGUGUUGGAUAUAAGCUGUUUCCACAAUGUGUCCCAUCGUUUGGAUUCCGACACCUAUUGUCAUUGACGGACAAAUCUGACAAAUUCAAUGCUGAAGUUCAGAAGCAAAUGGUGUCCCGAAAUCGUGAUGCACCAGAGGGUGGUUUCGAUGCAAUACUGCAAGCAGUAGUUUGCAAGGAAGAAAUAGGCUGGCGCAAGGAGGCUUCGCACUUACUGGUGUUUACCACUGAUGAUGUGCCACACAUUGCACUGGAUGGCAAGCUUGGUGGACUGGUACAACCCAGUGAUGGCCAGUGUCACCUGGAUGAACACAAUGAGUAUGGCUUUUCUACACAAAUGGACUAUCCAUCACUUGCACUUCUGGGAGAAAAGCUGGCAGAAAACAACAUUCAUUUGAUAUUUGCUGUGACCCAGUCCCACUAUAUACUUUACAAGAAUUUUACCAAACUGAUUCCUGGGACAACUGUAGAAAUCCUUGACAAGGAUUCAAAGAAUAUCAUCCAACUGAUUGUCAAUGCUUACAGUAGUAUCCGAUCAAAGGUUGAGCUGACGGUAUGGGAUAAGCCAGAGGACCUUGACCUGUCCCUCACAGCUAUCUGUCAAGAUGGUGUUUCACGUCCUGGAGUUCGAAAAUGUGGUGAGCUCAAAAUUGGCGAUACAGUAUCCUUUGAUGUCUCUCUGGAAGCCAAGAGCUGCCCAGAAUCCAGGACCAGAAAUACUUUUACAAUUAAACCAGUUGGUUUCAAAGAUUUACUCAGUGUAACUGUUGGUUAUAUUUGUAACUGUGAGUGUACAAGUGAGAUGCAAGCCAACAGUUUCAAGUGCAGUGGUAAUGGAACUUAUGAGUGUGGGAUCUGUACAUGCGACCCAGGCUUUUUGGGAGCCAACUGUGAAUGUCAAGAUGGAGAAACAAGUAAUGUAUUCCAGAUGUUCUGUCGUGAAGCAGAGGAAAAGCCAGUCUGCAGUGGCAGAGGUGAAUGCAUUUGCAACCAAUGUGUCUGCUAUGAAAGUGAGUUUGGAAGGAUUUAUGGGACAUUCUGUGAAUGUGAUGACUUCUCAUGUGCAAGGCACAAGGGCAUACUAUGUUCAGGUCAUGGAGAAUGUCACUGUGGUGAGUGCAAGUGUCAUGCAGGCUGGAUCGGAGACAACUGUAACUGCUCCACAGAAUUAGAGUCCUGCCUGUCCGACGAUGGGCAGAUUUGCAGCGGGAGAGGCAACUGUGCAUGUGGUCAGUGUUCGUGCACUGAACCUGGAGCUUUUGGAGACACCUGCGAAAAGUGCCCGACGUGCCCUGAUGCCUGCGGCACAAAAAGGGAGUGUAUCGAGUGCAGGUUGUUUAACUCCGGAAGACUGGCUGACAAUCAGACUUGUCAAAAACUCUGCAAGGAUGAGAUCCUGACAGUCGACGUCCUCAACACUGAUGAUAAGGAUGCAGUUCUGUGCCUGUAUAGAACAGAAAAUGAUUGUGUCAUGAGGUUUACCUACUCGGAACAUAUUAGUGGAAAAUCUGUCCUUACUGCUCUGAAGGAACCAGACUGUGCAAGUAAAACCGAUCCAGUGACAGUACUGAUAGCAGUGGUUGGUAGUAUUUUGGCAGUGGGCAUUGCUUUGCUUGCCAUUUGGAAACUGAUUGUGACUAUUCAUGACAGAAGAGAAUUUGCCAAAUUUCAAAAUGAACGAUCGAGAGCAAGAUAUGAAAUGGCAACCAACCCGCUGUACAGGCAACCCAUCACCACUCAUUCUGUGGAAAUUCUUCCAACAAUGCAUAACAAAUCUUACAAUGGAAUAAUUGACUGAGUUGUGAGCAAGAAUACAUUGGUAUCUGUGCCAUGAAUUAGUACCUGACUGGGAUUGCAUCAUUGAAUCUAGCAACUGGAAACUGCCAUUCUUCCUCCGGCAGACUAACAUCUAGGAACGUGACUGAAAUUAUGACCAUCUACACCAGGAGUUCCCAACCUUUUUUAUGCCAUGGACUAAUACCAUUCAUCAAGGGGUUUGUGGACCCCAGGUUGGGAACCCCAUUCUAUACAGAAAUUAAAUUUGGAUAAGAUUCAAAGUACAUUUAUUAUCGAAGUAUGUAUGCAGUAUACAACUCUGAGAUUAGUCCUCCCAUUGACUGACACAAAACACAAAAAUACCAUGGAACCUGUUCAAAGAAAACAUCCAACACCCAACGUGCAAAAAAAGAACAAAUUGCACAAACAGUGAAAAACACAAUGUAAAAGAUCAAACCACAAGGCAUUGCAAAGUUCAGUUUAGUCCAAUUAGCACUGUAUUGUACACUGACCUCAGGCUGCAGAGCCUACCCGUCCUGAUCAAAAUCGCACAAAAUAGCUACAAAAAAGGAAUAACCAGAAACACAUCAUAACUUGAACUACGGAGUCCGAUCCACAAACCGAGUUGAUUAAACCUUGACCAAGAUCCAAGACUCCAGCCAAAGGCAGGCACCUUCCUCCAGGAGCAGCAAAUGUGAGGGAGAGAGAGAGACCAGUCAAACGUAGGCUCACCUUCUGCUCUCAUCCUCGUUGAUUUCAAUCUUCCUCAAUGUUUUAAUCAGUGAGAAAUGGAGUCGAUCAUGGGUGGGCAGCCCGUCUCCAGGCCAUACACUUCAAAUUAUGACAAUGCCCACAAUUCAGAGAAAAUGAUGCACAAGUUCUUAUUUAGAACUAUGGACUAAUGUUCAUGAAGAAACAAAUUCAUUGGACUUUAUGUUUAGUUAUGUGUUGCUGAAGAUUCAAGUUGCAACUUUAUUCAGGGGGGAUAACUUUUUCAAAUGAAAGUAUAUGCUUUGUCAAGAGUUGAUAAAUUUGAGUGCAUUAUGGGAGGUUCUUAGGAUAGUGGGCUACAUUAAUCCUAUGAUAAAUAUUUUUUAGUAUAACAAAGAAGUAAUUAAUGCUCGCAUAUUACCCCAGAAUUGAACAGGUGUUCAGGUAUUUUAGCCGACCUAUACUGUAAUCAUUUUUAAAGAUCAUCACCAUGUGACAUAGGCAAUCAUGGUCUUUCAUCUGUCUCAGUCCAUGACCAUGAAUGUUCUGGGCAAAUUUUCUGCAGAAGUGGUUUGCCAUUGCCACCUUCUGGGAAGUGUCUAAAGAUAAUGUAAAAUAUUGCCUGAACGAUGUAGAUCAAAUGAAAAUUUGAUAUUGAAGAAAUAUUGGCAGAUCUUUGGUGGCAUUGGGUGCAGGAAAACAAAAACUGUGAAGUAAACCUCUAUGGAAUUGGGAUGUUUAGCAUCCCUGGAUUAUUUCCAGUGUGUUUUGCCUCCACUUUGGAUGGACACAGUUGCCUGCCCAAGAGAAAAGGCUAUUUUAAUACUCUGCAAAAUGACCCAAGUCACUGCUAUUGCAACCUUACUUCCGUUCAACCUUACUUCCCCACAGCCCACUCCCCCUCCGCCACAACACCAAUUUUUGCCUCAAUUUUUCACUUUAAGUAACUAACUACCUUGUGGAUUGGGGCAAAUCCAAACACUAAAAUUGCAGUGUUUGUUGCUAGUGGGAUGUCUGCAUGUGCUCGUCUUUUCCCUGUCAUUUUGAUGGGCCUGAUCGGCUGAUGUAAUGACCCUCUCACAUUCAGAAUGCACUCACUUUAUUACCAACAUGCAGUUUUAUACCAUAUAACAUUUGUACUUGCUACAGACUGAACUAUAGAUAUUUUUGGGAAGUUGCAGAUUUGAACCCAAAAGAUGAUAAUUUUGAUAAUGUUACUUAGCUUUCACAUGCGAAGUAAAAAUAUAUAUAUAUAAAUAGAAGCCUGGAAGAGGUUCUAUUUUCAUGACGUGAACUGCCUUGGACUUUCUGAAACAUUUUUCCAAUAUAGUUAUGGAGCAUUUUGUAUUUGUAAAGCUAUUGUAGCACAAGAAUUGCACUUUCAAAAGUACUGCAGUUAAUCAACUAAUGUGGAGGUUUGACUCUUUUGUGAUAACACACAUUAUCUCUCAAAGUGUUUCUUUUAUAACCUGAUGCUAUUUAUUGGUUGGAGUAUAAGUGCUGGUACAAGUAUAAUAGAAUUUUGGGAUGGCAGGAAUCAGCAGAUUUAUUUUUAAGGAAAAUAAAGUUUUAAAGUUGUAAGGCCAGACUUGGCUGAUAAUGCCUGAGGAUAGAAUUAAUAUCUUUAGCUAAUCCUUAUCUUAAGAAAAUAUGUUUUCUAACAUAUUUAGGCAGUUGUGAAGACUUGAACAGCUAAUUAAAAUUAUAAAAGCAAAGGGGAAAAGCUAACCUACAUAUAUCUUAGGAAUUUUAUUUAGUAAAGGAGUGAGAGGAACACAAGCGGUUAUGAAAAUGUUGAAAUUGAUUAAUAAUAACAUGGUAACAUGGCAACUAUAAAGAUAUUAGACAUUAUUGUUUUACUUUUCAUUAAACUAAAAACUUGGGUGCUGUAAAUUUGAAAUUAAAGAAAACAAUGUGGAUAGUCAUUCAGUCGGGCAACAGCUGUGAAGAGAGAAAUAGUUAUGUUUCAAAUAAUUUUCCCUCAAUCAGAAUCAUUAGCUCUUUUUUUUUUCUUUCUCCCCAGUUGCUGCGUAUUCUGCACAGAGAAUUUUCACUCGUACCUGCUGUGUUGUAUGAUAUGGGUGAUCAGGGUCUUUCCAUGACCAUGAUUGUUCUUGGCAAAUUUUUCUACUUAAGUGGUUUGCCAUUGCCUUUUUCUGGGUAGUGUCUUUAUUAGACAGGUGACCCCAGCCAUCAUCAAUACUCUUCAGAGAUUGUCUGCCUGGUGUCAAGUGGUCACAUAACCAGGACUUGUGAUAUGCACCAGCUGCUCAUACGACCAUCCACCACCUGCUCCCAUGGUUUUACAUGACCCUGAUCGAGGGGUUAAGCAGGUGCUACACCUUGCCCAAGGGUGACCUCAGGCUAGUGGAGAGAAGGAGCACUUUACACCUCCUUUGUUAGAGAUGCUUCUCCACGCCGCCACUGCAUGGAGUAUCCCCAGAAUUUUCUGUAUUUACUGUAUGAAAAGAAAGUUGGUCUUAAUUGUUUUUAAAGGAUAUAACUAUGAGUGUAGGUAAGGGGGGAAUUAGUAGAUGUUAUACCUGUACUUCUAAAAGGAAGUUGAUAAGCUAACACUCAUCAAAGGCCGGGGUUGAGGGUAAUAUAUUUGCAUGGAUAGACAUUAAAAGAUCACUUUCUGGUAGGUUUUACUAUGGAGAAGCUCCCGGAAUUAAUAUUUGGGGCUUAUCCAAUUACAUUUAUUUACAGUACCAGUGACCAGAGUUUAAAUCCCACCACUGCCUGUAAGGAGGUACUGUACAUUCUCCCUGCGACCAUGUGGGUUUCCACCAGUUGAUCCGGUUUCCUCCCACAGUCCAAAGACCUACCAGUUGGUGGGUUAAUUGGUCAUUGUAAAUUGUCCCAUGAGUUGGCUCGGGUUAAGUUGGGUGAUUGCUGGGUGGCGUGGCUCAAAGGGCCAGAAGGGCCUGUUCUGUGCUGUAUCUCAAAUACGUACAUAAAUAAUGACUUAAAUGAAUUGAUAGAGAGGAAUGUAAACUUUGUCAAUACAAAAUAGUGAGGAAAGUGAAUUGUGAAGAGCUUGCAAAGUUUUCUUAAAGAGGCAAAGAGCAAAAAUAUAGCAAAUCGAGGAUAACUUAUAAAGAUUGGUCUUCUUCUUAUUGUGUCCACGGACAGCCUGUACUGUCCGUGGACACGAUAAGAAGACCAGCCAGAACUGGACACAUUUUUGCGCCUUGUUGUUGAAUUUGGCAAGAUCUGCAACAGUACAGGGUUCCUCUAGUGAAGGGCAUUGCAGGAUAUGUUGCAUAGUUUGUGGCUCAGUUCCACAUUCACAAGUUGUUGGGCUGGUUGUAUAACCCCAUUUGCUUAGUGACACCUUUGAACGACCUACACCAGUCCUAAGUCUGUUAAGGCACUUUCAGGUUGCCCAGUUGCGAUUAGCUCCUGGGGGAAGGCUUUCCUCUGGUGGAAUCUCCAUCAUUGGGGGUUGUUUGACACUGGCGAGCUGGCCUUUCCACAAGGCGAUGCGGGCUUCAGAUAGGGUUGAUUGUAAUGGAACAACGCUGUUCACGAAGCUCUUCCUUGACUUUAGGCGGCUGGGUGUAGGUGUAUGACCAUGUAGAGGGUGCCUCUCAUCUGAUGUUUGACGGAGUCAUUCUUUCUUGCUGGCUACCGUUCUUCUUGUAUCAUGGGGAGCAAUACCUGCCAGGAUAUAUAGGCUGUUGGUGUUUGUUGGUUUUAAACAACCUGUGAUAAGUUGGCAGCUUGCAUUCAGAACGGCAUCCAUCUUCUUAGCAUGAGUAGAUCCUUCCCAUGCAGAGCAGGCGUAUUCGGCAGUGGAAUAGCAAAGAGCGAGUGCACUGGUUCGCAAUGUUCUCGAGCUUGCUCCCCAUUUCAUGUUACUGAGCUUAUUACACUCAACAUGCAUGCAGCUUGGGGCUUUACAUAAAUAGGGAUGCACUUUUUGUAGGAGGUAUGCAGCAUCAAUUCUUGAGAUUACGGAUAUAAUCUAUCAGGACAGAAUGAAUCAAUUGGACCUGUGCUCAGAGGAAUUUAAAAGAAUGCAAAUGAAUCUUAAGUAAAAAAUGGAUUUUGAGAGGGAUUAGUAUCACCAAUGAGAGAUGCACAAUCAGCCCCAAUCCUCUGCCCUGUGCUUUGAGCUCCAUUUCUAUAUUUUUUGUCUUAAACAAUGACAGAGUAGAUCCAGCCCCGCCCCAAAAUCCUGAUGUUGAUGUCUUAUAUUCAGAAAAAAAUUGACAACUUUAGGAUAUUGGGUGAGGAAAGGAAAAUAAACUUUGGAAGAGAUCUCCUGAAACUUCACCACCAAUAAGGUGCUACUCGUUUUAUUUACGUUGGAAGGAUAAGAAAUCUGAUGGACAUUCAGGGUUUAAGAUUAGUAAAGGAAACGUACUUUCCCUGGACAAUAACAAAGAGAGGUUGAGGCUCUUAUAGUUAUGCAGAGUGUAUACAACUAGAAAUAGUGCUGGAAGAAUCCAUAUUCAUUUAUAAAGUGGGUAUUUUUUUCCACUUUCAACUCCUCAGCUGUCAUACCACUUUUGCUCCUUUGAAGAAAUUCUGAUAAAAAAAUUAUACAGAUUGUCCUUUUAUCUUCAAUUAAAACUCUUAAGUUUUAAAAGAUGUUGAAAUUAUCUUGUAUGGGAGGAGGACAUUUACUAACUGUGUAUUGGUUCUUUGAAAAAGUGUGAUAAUUUCCCUUUGGUAUAUAGAUUCUUCCCCCUCGCACAUCUAUUUUAUUUUCUCUUUAGAAAUUACAGUCAAAUCUGCUUUACAGCUCUUUCAUGCAGUAUAAGAUUUACUGAAGAUGUUUACAAUAAUCAAAACUGCUUUUGGAAGUUAUGCAAUAAAAAGAAGUCCAUGUAAAGAAUUUUCUCUGUGACUUUCAGUACUUUUACAAUUUAAAAUUAUCAUUUUUGUUCAUUAAAUUUCAUUAAUCCUUUCUCUUGCCUCUUCUGGAAGGCAGGUUUAAUUACUGUUAC